AUGCCCCAAAUUAUUAUACUUAGACAUGGUGAAUCGGAGUGGAACAAAUCUAACAAAUUUUGCGGAUGGGUUGACAUUCCGUUGAGUGUCAAUGGUAAAGACCAAGCUCUCAAAUCUGCAGAUCUCAUACUACAACAGACCAACAUGAAGAUGCCCGAUGUCUGCUUUACCUCCAGAUUAACACGAGCCAAUCAAACUGCAGAAAUUAUUCUUGAUAGAUUGAAUAGGUUAUACAUUGAUACAUAUAAGACGUGGAGAUUAAACGAGAGACAUUAUGGUGCUUUACAAGGACGUGAUAAAACUGAGGUAUUGAAUGAAUUUGGCAAGGAGAAGUACAUGUUCUGGAGAAGAGCUUUUACUGGUUGUCCUCCUCUAUGCAAAGAGGACGCAAAAUGCAGAUGUGUCGAUGGUCGUUAUGCUAUUGAUACUGAAGACGAGCAAAAAAUGGGACUAUCUGGUGAAUUACCUAGAGGAGAAUCCCUUAAAAUGGUGAUUGAUCGCCUCAUGCCUUAUUACAGGCUUGUUAUUGAGAAGCAUUUGUCCCAAGGCCGUAAUGUUCUUAUAGUGACACAUGGAUCGGUAGUGAGGGCUUUAUUGAAGGUUCUUUACGAAAUUGGUGACGAUGCAAUUUCGCACAUUGACAUUCCUAAUGGUAUUCCUAUCAGGAUUGACUUGGAUCCGGCCACGUUGAGACCGGCUUCGGAGAAAUGGGUCUACUUGGACCCGGAGAGAGCCAAAGUCGAGGCAGAAAAGGUGCGUUUACAGGGAUUUAAGUAA